AAAUAACUUUUGAAAAGCAAUUGAGAUUAUUAAAGAAGAUUCACCAUAUCCAUUAAAUUAAUCAAAACAUAUUCACAAUAAAAUUACUAAUUAUCAAACAGACCAUUAAGAUUUCUGCAAGUCUACAUAAAACUUUCUCCGCAUUUCAACUUUGCUUUUUAACACUAUUUUCAUACCAAUUUUUUUUAAUCUUUGUGCAAUAUAAAACGGUUGCGGUUUGGCAUUCCCUUUAUUGAUUCAUGAGUUCACUCAGCUAGUUUCAGUACAGUCCUAGCUUCCUUGUUUAAUCCCACCAAAAAAUCAUCAUCUCAUAGUGCCAUUUCCACCAUCUUCAUUCCUCCAUUACCUGCCAAACACGUCCUCUAAUCUCCAUUUUCUUCCUUACUUUAAUCCUUCUUCCUUUUUCCUCCAUUUUUUUACUCAUUCUUUCUUAUCUGCAUCUUUCCCACCAUUCAUUCUUACCAAAAUUAACUUUCAGAUGGCUUUUUGUUUUUGUUCUUCGUCUUUUACUGCCCAUUUUACUUCAUCAGAUUUCUGUAAAACCCCUCUUUUUUCUAAAACUACCCAUCAUCUGUAUAAUCACCCUAAUCUAAAUUUCUCUCAGGUCAAGAGAAGGUCUUAUGGAGUAAGGGCAUCAUUGGCUGAAAAAGGAGAUUAUCACUCUGAAAAACCACCUACUCCUUUAUUGGAUACCAUUAACUUUCCAAUUCAUAUGAAAAAUUUAUCUAUUAAGGAACUUAAACAAUUAGCUGACGAAGUAAGGUCAGAUGUGAUCUUCAAUGUGUCUAAAACUGGUGGUCAUCUGGGUUCCAGCCUUGGUGUAGUAGAGCUAACAGUGGCUCUUCAUUAUGUCUUUGAUGCUCCUUUAGAUAAGAUAUUAUGGGAUGUUGGUCACCAGUCCUAUCCACACAAGAUCUUGACGGGGAGAAGAGGUAAGAUGAGAACAUUGAGACAGACAAAUGGAUUGUCGGGUUUUACAAAGAGAGGGGAGAGCGAAUUCGAUAGCUUUGGUGCAGGCCAUAGUUCAAACAGCAUUUCGGCUGGCUUGGGUAUGGCUGUGGGAAGGGAUUUAAAGGGUAGACAGAACAAUGUUGUUGCAGUUAUUGGCGAUGGUGCCAUGACUGCCGGGCAGGCCUUCGAGGCAAUGAACAAUGCCGGGUAUUUAGAUUCUGAUAUGAUUGUCAUUCUCAACGAUAACAAGCAGGUUUCGUUACCCACUGCCAACCUAGAAGGACCUAUACCUCCUGUAGGAGCUCUUAGCAGUGCUUUGAGUAGAUUGCAAUCGAACAAACCUCUAAGAGAAUUACGAGAAGUUGCCAAGGGAGUAACCAAACAAAUCGGAGGGACCAUGUAUCAGUUAGCGGCCAAAGUUGAUGAGUAUGCUCGAGGGAUGAUUAGUGGUGAAGGAUCAACUUUAUUUGAAGAACUUGGACUUUAUUACAUUGGUCCUGUGGAUGGCCAUAAUAUAGAUGAUCUCGUAGCUAUACUUAAAGAAGUUAGGAGUACAAAAACAACAGGUCCUGUGCUUAUACAUGUUGUCACGGAGAAAGGUCGAGGAUAUCCUUAUGCUGAGAGAGCCGCAGAUAAAUACCAUGGGGUGGCCAAAUUUGAUCCGGCUACUGGCAAGCAAUUCAAAGGCCAAUCAACCACUCAGUCUUAUACAACCUACUUUGCCGAGGCAUUGAUUGCAGAAGCAGAAGUAGACAAGGAUAUAGUUGCUAUUCAUGCUGCCAUGGGUGGUGGUACAGGCUUAAAUCUUUUCGACAGACGCUUUCCAUCCCGUUGCUUUGAUGUGGGAAUUGCUGAACAGCAUGCUGUAACUUUUGCUGCUGGCUUAGCAUGUGAAGGUCUUAAACCUUUUUGUGCAAUCUACUCCUCUUUCAUGCAAAGGGCAUAUGAUCAGGUAGUUCAUGAUGUGGACUUACAGAAACUACCAGUAAGGUUUGCUAUGGACAGAGCAGGCCUUGUGGGAGCUGAUGGCCCUACACAUUGUGGCUCUUUUGAUGUCACAUUCAUGGCAUGUCUUCCCAACAUGAUAGUGAUGGCGCCUUCAGACGAGGCAGAGUUAUUCCAUAUGGUUGCUACUGCCGCUGCUAUUGAUGAUAGACCUAGUUGCUUUCGUUAUCCAAGAGGAAAUGGUAUUGGUAUCGAGUUGCCACCUGGGAACAAAGGUGUUCCACUCGAGAUUGGAAAAGGACGAAUUUUGAAGGAAGGGGAGACAGUGGCACUUCUAGGCUACGGAGCAGCUGUCCAAUACUGUUUAGCUGCCGCAGCCUUAGUUGAAGGUCGUGGCUUGCGUCUAACUGUAGCAGAUGCACGGUUUUGCAAGCCAUUAGAUCAUGCACUUAUCCGAAGUCUAGCAAAAUCCCAUGAGGUUUUAAUUACAGUCGAGGAGGGAUCCAUCGGAGGUUUUGGAUCUCAUGUUGCUCAGUUCAUGGCUCUUGAUGGCCUUCUUGAUGGAAAACUAAAGUGGCGACCUUUGGUCCUUCCUGAUCGAUACAUUGAACAUGGUGCGCCAGCAGACCAGUUAGCCGAAGCUGGACUAACACCAGCACAUAUUGCCGCGACAGUGUUCAAUAUCCUUGGCCAAACGAGAGAGGCCCUUGAAGUCAUGUCAUAGAUUUAUAUAUGUGGCUUCGUGCAUUAUCGGGCUUUACUCAAAUUGCUAUGAUCUAUGUUAGAUUGGUAUAUAGAGGAAGAAGUAAGGGGGGUUUGGGACAGUUCCUACAAAAGGUUUAUAGAUGUGGGGUUGGGCGUAUGAAUAUAUAGGAAAGAAUUGGCAUUUUGUUUGUUUGAAAAAGCUUGGUGGGAUUGCCCCUCCAUGACUAAUACAGAUGUACAUAACUUAGUUCUGUAGCAUUUGGGCAUGUUGAUUAGUUUGCCUUUACAUUAAUUUAGUACAACUCCAAAUUAUUUGAACA